AUGCCCGCAAAACAAAGAAAGAGAGAUCCUCCAGCUAGCUGGGCUAGCUGGUCAACAUACGCAAGAUCCUUUGGGGUGGAUCGGACCAACAUACACGCACAAACUACGUUUAACUCUGGUUCAGGUCUCACCAUAAAAGAGUUUCUCUUGCUCCGGACGCUUCUACAUGAGGCCAAAGCUAGUCGAAUUGUUCCAGAGCUCAAAGUCCAGUCAUACAUGCAACAAGUCUGCGAAUGCCUCGCGGAGUCGAAAACCUUCCAACUCUACUUGAAGAGCAUCGACACAAAAGCUCUACCUGGAGCUCCGGACCUGGGCAUCUUCGGUAUCCCUUACUCCCAGCAGUACCAAGUUGACGAUAUGCUGAAGAAUGUCAAGCAUACACACCAUCCUAUUAAUGAGGAGAUUGUCAACUCCUCUCUCAUCUCAUUUCUCACUGCCAUCUGUCUUGAAAGUCAGAAGGUUAAUGCCCUCUGGACUGCUCAUCGGGCCGAGCAGGUGGCCACCUUCAAAAGCACUAAGCUGGUCUGCCAGAUUGACGGGCAUCUGCGAUCUACCCACAACAAGCACAUCAUCCUGGAAGCGAAGGCCAACGAGCGAGAUAUCCACGAACCAUAUGUCUCUUACCAAGAGGCCGGUGAGAUUGUCACCGCCAUUGUCGAAGAUCCUCCUAAGGGUCUUGGCAAGGAAAGGAUCAUACUAGUCUCCCAAGAUGGGAGGAAUUUCUACAUCUCCAAUGCGCUCUUCCCCGACGGGUGGAAAGAUUACAUACUUGGAAACAAGAAAAAGGCCAAGAAAGAGGAUUUCCUGGAGGUAUUUCGGUACGGGCCGUGGGAUACCAGGGUGCGAAAAGAGGUCGAUCAUUUCGCUAAGGUGUUGUUGGCUCUGGCAAUUCGGGCAACGGCAGAAGAGGAAGAGCGCUAA